AUGUCGACGCCGGCGAGAUCGACGCCGGUCAAGGCCGCCCCGGCGUCGGUGACGGACAGCCCCGGUACCUGGCGCCACCCUCGCCUCAAUGAAAUCACCCGCCGACGGGAGGCCACGACCUUUUCCGAAAAGAACAUCCGCCGCAUAGCCUACAACAUACUCGCCCUGUUGACCUUUUGGGCGCUGCGUGCCCUCGUCAAACUAUACAUCAGCCCACAGCACUUCUCCCCUUCCGCGCGACUCUACAUCAACUGGGUCUGGACCGCCGUGCAGGUCGUCCCGCUCGCGCAGGUCGCGCUCGCCUGCACGCCGCUGCUCCGCGCCCGCGACGAGAUGACCGACAUCCCGCUGACAGCCGCCCAGCGCAAGCUUCUCGGCCUCGCGCCGGCUCCCCCGCCCGCCUCUCCAUCUGCCGCCGCCGCCGCCGACCUCGUCUUCAGCACCCCCCCGCGGUACUCGCGCACCCCGUCGAUCGCAGGCUCCGUCGGCAGCCGCGGCAGCUACUCGAACUCGCCGCUGUCCGGCCGCGGCAGCCCGUUCCAGAACUCGACAACCGGCGGCGGCUCGCCCUUUUCGCCGCCUGUUGAUAGCCCACUGAUGCCCCGGAGCGGAGGCGGCGGCGUCAAACUCUUUGGCAGCGGAGGCGGCAACCGCAGAUCCUCGUCGGGUAGUCCCUUCUCGGCCAGCACGUCGGUGAACCUGCUGGGCGACCCUGCCUCGCCAAGCCCCGCCGGCAAGCGGACGAGCGUGGGUUUGAACAGCAAGUGGUUGUACGAGAAGGGGCGUCGCUCGUCUGGCAGCGCCUGGGUGCACUGA